UUGUAUUGUUUUGAAGAAGCCGGGUGUUUAUACAGAAAACUGUAGUGAAUCUUGUUGAAUUAAGUUAUUCAAAUUAAUAAUGAAGAUGAAUAUCACUUCUGCAGCUGGAGUGAUUUCUCUAUUAGAUGAGCCUGAACCACAGUUAAAGGCUUUUGCCCUGGAAAAAUUGAACAACAUUGUAGAUGUAUUUUGGGCAGAAAUAUCUGAAAAUGUGGACAAAAUAGAAGUAUUGUAUGAAGACUCUGCAUUUAAAAACAGUGAACUGGCAGCCCUUGUAGCCUCCAAGGUUUAUUAUCAUUUGGGAGCUUUUGAAGAAUCCUUGACCUUUGCCCUGGGUGCAGGCUCCCUUUUCAAUGUCAACGAUACAUCAGAAUAUGUGGAAACUAUCAUAGCCAAGUGCAUAGACUUCUACACCAAGCAGCGAGUCAAAAAUAGUGAUGGCCGAGAGGAGCAGAAGAAGGAGAUUGAUCCACGACUGGAGGCCAUUGUCAACAGAAUGUUUCAGAGGUGCUUUGAUGACAAACAGUACAAACAGGCUGUUGGUAUAUCACUGGAAACCAGAAGAAUUGAUAUCUUUGAGAAAGCUAUCUUAGAAAGUGAAGACGUAAAUGCAAUGUUGCUGUACAGUCUAAAUGUCUGCAUGUCCCUGAUUCAAAACCGUCACUUCCGGAACACAGUUCUUCUGCUGUUAACAAAACUAUACAUGGGGCUGGAGACCCCUGAUUACAUCAAUGUGUGUCAGUGCUACAUUUUUCUGGACGAUGCUCAGGCUGUGGCUGACAUCUUGGAAAAGCUACUGAAGGGAACAGAGGACAAUGCUUUGAUGGCAUACCAGAUUGCCUUUGACAUGUAUGACAGUGCCACACAACAGUUUCUCCUACGAGUACAGAACGCCCUCAGAUCAACUGUCCCCCUCCCCGAGACUGACCCCAAAAAAUCAAGUGAUGGAAAGGAGGAAUCAAGCCAGGAGGAGGCAAAGGAAAAAAUGGACACAGAAACAUCUGAUACAACUCCAUCACAGACACCCACUGUACCCCCCUCAAAACCACAGACAGAAGAGGAGAAGACUUUAGCUGACAGAAUGAAGAAGCUUCACACGAUUCUGGGGGGAGAGAUCACGAUUGGAUUACAUCUACAGUUCCUUAUUAGGAACAACAAAUCAGAUAUACUUAUACUCAAAAAUACAAAGGAGGCUGUGAGAAAUUCUGUAUGUCAUUCAGCUACAGUGAUAGCCAACUCUUUUAUGCACUGUGGAACAACAUGUGAUCAAUUUUUAAGAGAUAAUUUGGAAUGGUUAGCUAGAGCUGCAAACUGGGCUAAAUUCUCAGCUACUGCUAGUUUAGGUGUUAUACAUAAAGGUCACGAGAAAGAAGCUUUGAAUCUCAUGUCCACAUACUUACCUAAAGAUUCAGGCCCGGGGUCGGCUUAUUCUGAGGGAGGGGGACUAUAUGCUUUAGGUUUAAUACAUGCUAACCAUGGAGGAGAAAUAACAGACUAUCUCCUCAAUCAAUUAAAAGAUGCCUCAACAGAUAUGGUCCGACAUGGUGGUUGUCUUGGUUUGGGCUUGGCUGCCAUGGGAACAGCUAGACAAGAUAUUUAUGAACAACUGAAGUUUAACCUUUACCAAGAUGAUGCUGUGACAGGUGAAGCUGCAGGAAUAGCCAUGGGACUAGUCAUGUUAGGUACUAAACAGUCCACCGCCAUUGAAGACAUGGUGGCCUAUGCCAAGGAGACACAACAUGAGAAGAUCUUGAGAGGCCUAGCCCUGGGUAUUGCCCUUACCAUGUAUGGCCGGCUUGAAGAGGCAGAUGCUCUCAUUGACAGUCUGUGUAUGGACAAGGACCCUAUCUUAAGGUGGUCCGGCAUGUUUACUAUCGCCAUGGCAUACUGUGGCUCAGGAAGCAAUCAGGCCAUCCGUAAACUACUACACGUAGCUGUCAGUGAUGUCAAUGAUGACGUAAGGAGAGUGGCAGUAACCUCCCUUGGAUUCCUCUUAUUCAGAACCCCGGAGCAGUGUCCACAAGUAGUGUCCCUUUUGUCGGAGAGCUAUAACCCUCAUGUACGAUUUGGGGCGGCCAUGGCUUUGGGCAUUGCAUGUGCAGGAACAGGUCUUAAGGAUGCUAUCAGUUUGUUGGAGCCCAUGACCAAUGACCCUGUGAACUAUGUUAGACAGGGAGCUCUGAUUGCCUCUGCCUUGGUGCUGAUACAGCAAAACGAAAACACCUGUCCAAAGGUUGCCCACUAUAGAAGUUUGUAUGCCAAAAUCAUCGGAGACAAACAUGAUGACAUCAUGGCGAAAUUUGGUGCAAUUCUGGCACAGGGAAUCAUUGACGCAGGAGGACGAAACAUGACGGUUUCUCUGCAGUCCCGCACGGGUCACAUGAAUAUGGAGGCAGUGGUGGGCAUGCUUGUGUUCACUCAGUUCUGGUUCUGGUACCCACUGACCCAUUUCCUGUCCAUGGCCUUCAGUCCAACCUGCCUGGUAGGACUCAACGAGGAUCUCAAGAUGCCAAAGUUGGAGUUCCGUUCCAAUGCUAAACCCUCUCAGUAUGCCUACCCCCCUCCCUUAGAGGACAAAAAAGAGAAAACGAAAGAGAAAGUAUUGACAGCAGUCCUGAGUAUUACUGCCAAACAGAAGAAAAAGGAGGCUGAAAAGAAGAAAGAUGAAGAAAAGAUGGAUGUGGAUGAUGAAAAGAAAGAUAAGGAAGAGGAAAAGAUGGAAACAGAGGAAGGAGAGAAAGAAAAACAGGAUAAAGAGAAAACAGAGAAGGAGAAAGAACCAGAACCCAACUUCCAGAUGUUAGAUAAUCCUGCCAGGGUGAUGAAAGCUCAGCUGAAGGUGUUGGUAAUGCCAGAGACAAGCAGAUAUGUACCUGUUAAGGAUGUGACACAUGGAGGCAUUAUCUUGCUGAGGAAUAGCAAACCAGGAGAACAAGAGGAAAUUAUAGAACCAGUAGCAGCUGGAGGACCAAAGAUUGAGGAAGAGGAGGAGCCAGAGCCCCCAGAGCCAUUUGAGUGGACCGAGGACUGAAACCGAGGAACAAAAUAAAGAAUUUACAGCCAUAGAAUUUAAAGUGUUGGAUUACCUACCACUACCUUAGCAAGAACUUUAAAAUGUCAACAUUUAUUUGUGACUUUAUUCAGAGGGUGUGACCUUCAUAGAUAGAAAAGACUGUUAUUAUAAUAUUUUAUG